AUGGAGCAUCUUGAUGUGUUUGUGGAGAACCGUUUUGGUUCGGCGCUUAACAGGAAUCUAAUCAGUGAUCCCCCAUAUUCGUAUGCGCGGCACGAAGAGAACCCAUCACGUAGCAAUAUCGCACGCUUCGUAUCCGAGAUUCCCAAGUCUGCUCGAAGGAUUCCAAGGAAGACGAUACUCGUAGCAGCCGCCUCAGCACCCGCUGGAGGCCAUGGAACCACCUUUAUUCAAAAUCAAAGGGUUAAGGCGAAGAAUCCUAGGAGCGGAGGCGCAAGAAGCAAGAGAACUCGAGAACUCAUUGCCACUCUUUUUGAAUUGUAA